ACGUCAGUCAGAGGGUUUUAGGACCUUCCGCGAGUGACAUUGCAUCUCAUUUGGUGUAACUUUCUUCAAAAUCUGAAACUCACGUGUCAUUGGCUGACAUAUGACGUGCAUACACAUCAAAUGAUACAUAUGUCAAAAAAGUAUUGUUGAAAUCGAAAGGUUCACGAACGCAGUGUGUACACUAUUUCCAUACGUCAUCGUCAACAAAAAUUUAUCUCUUCGCAAUGAUAUUAUACACCAGGAUUUGGAAAACUCUAAUGCCGAUGUUCAGAUAAAAAUUACUUAUUUGCACGCGGAUUCCAGGAGACUCUAGAGUGCAAAUCGGAAUCCAGAUUGAAAAUUUUCUCUCGUACAACAACAUGGCGGCGAAUCUCGAAGAAGAACAAAGUUUACGCGAGUGCGAGGAAUAUGUACAGAGACACAAUAUUCAGCAGGUUCUGAAAGACUGUAUCGUACAACUCUGUGUGGGCAAACCUGAAAAUCCGAUCUCCUUCCUCCGGGAAUAUUUCCAAAGACUAGAGAGGGAACAAGCGCAUGAUGCAAAACAACAAAUUGCCACAAGUCCAGAAGACACUGAGGACAUGCCAGCGGGGCAACAAGGUCCUCAGGUUCCUAGACGAAGGGGUGGAAUUUCCGCCGAACCUGUCUCUGAGGAAGAUGCCACGAGCUAUGUCAAAAAAGUUGUGCCUAAAGACUAUAAAACGAUGAAUGCAUUGAGCAAGGCAAUCGGAAAAAAUGUCUUGUUCGCUCAUCUGGACGAAAAGGAACGGUCAGAUAUUUUUGACGCUAUGUUUCCUGUUUUAUUCUCGCCAAAGGAAACCAUUAUUCGGCAAGGUGAUGAGGGUGACAAUUUCUACGUGAUAGAUCAGGGGGAAGUGGAAGUUUUCGUGAAUGGCGAAUUGGUGACAACCAUCGGUGAAGGUGGAAGUUUUGGUGAAUUGGCCCUGAUCUAUGGAACGCCACGAGCAGCAACUGUUCGAGCGAAAACGGACGUCAAACUCUGGGGAAUCGAUAGGGAUUCCUAUCGCAGAAUUCUCAUGGGUUCGACGAUUAGAAAGCGAAAAUUGUACGAAGAGUUCCUGUCCCGAGUUUCCAUUUUAGAAUCACUGGACAAAUGGGAAAGAUUGACGGUGGCGGAUGCUUUGGAGCCUGUAACAUUCGAAGACGGAGAGACGAUAGUUCGACAGGGUGAUCCUGGAGAAGACUUCUACAUUAUUGUAGAUGGUACGGCUGUGGUUCUUCAACAGCGUGCGGAAGGCGAAGAACCUGCGGAAGUCGGUCGACUUGGACCUUCCGAUUACUUCGGUGAAAUAGCCCUACUACUGGACAGGCCGAGAGCAGCAACAGUUGUUGCAAGAGGUCCUUUAAAAUGCGUCAAAUUAGACAGAGCACGAUUCGAACGGGUGUUGGGUCCUUGUGCCGACAUUUUAAAACGCAACAUCACUCAGUACAACAGCUUCGUAUCACUCUCUGUAUAAUCGAUUCACAUCCACUCCUUUACAGGACUAUAUUUCAUCAUAUUGUUAUAAUUUUUUAUUUAAUAUUUUAAUAAUUAUUGUAUUA